AUGGCGGAGUUGGCCGAGGCCGAUGAGGCCAAACUGCAGCGUCUGGUGGCGGCCGAACAGCAGAAGGCUCAGUUCACGGCACAGGUACACCUCUUCACGGAUUUGUGCUGGGAUAAAUGUGUUGAAAAACAAGGAAGCUGUCUUGAUUCUCGAACAGAAAACUGCCUUGCCAGUUGUAUGGACCAAUUCAUUGAUACCACUCUUACCAUCACAAGCCGAUUUGCUCAGAUUGUGCAGAAAGGGAACCAGUAGGCUAAGCCUCAUCCCUACCCUAAGUGGGGGAAAUGAA